UUCAAAGCGUUCAACGGGAACCCCGCCCCCCUCCUUCUUCUUUGACUUUUCGAGAAACCCAUCGUUUUCUUCAUCCCGGCAGCUAGUGCGCUUUUGUUUAGGUUCCCUAUUCCUUCCGGCCGCAACUGCUCUACAGUGUACUUUGUUCGCCAGCCCCAAAAGUCGCGCUCAUCGUUCGCCCCAUCGUUGAACUUUUGCGUUCCUUGUCAAAAAACUACGGUGCUAUAAACAACCUAUACCCUGUUCCACAUGGCUCCCGUUAUCCUCGUCCUAGGUGGAGUUGGCUUCAUUGGCCGUAACUUUAUUGCCUAUAUUAUCGACAACAACCUUGUCGACCACGUACGCGUUGCGGACAAGGCGCUUCCUGCCACCGCCUACCUAUCGGAUAAGCACAAAAAGGUGUUUGACGAUAAGCGAGUGGAAUUCAAGCAAGCAAACUUGACGAAUACUGCUGCUGUUGAGAAAAUCUUUACGCGAGAUGAUGGCAAGGAAUUCGACUACGUGUUCAAUCUGGCGGCGGAGACAAAGUACGGGCAGUCAGACGAGGUAUACGACGAGCGAACCUUCCAACUCUCGGUUGCUGUGGCGAAAGAGGCGGCCAAGCGCAAAGUAAAAGUCUUUGUGGAAGUCAGUACUGCACAAGUAUACGAAUCGGACAAGAAACCAUCCGCCGAAGAGGGCAAGCUCAAACCUUGGACGGCAAUUGCCAAAUCCAAGUUGAAGGCUGAGGAAGAGUUGAAAAAAAUUUCUGGCUUGAACUUGGUGAUUCUGAGGCCUGCCAUUGUUUACGGAUGGGGAGACGUUUACGGAAUCACCCCCCGUCUGAUUAUGGGUGCUGUUUACCGCCAGUUGAACGAAAAGAUGGAGUUGCUUUGGACAAAGGAUCUGAAGAUGAACACUGUGCAUGUGGACGAUGUGGCGCGAGCAUUGUGGCAUGUAGCGGCCACAAAAGAGGAAAAGGGUGGCCGGACCCGCCCAGUAACCGCUGCCGAAAUUUACAACCUUGCUGACAAAACCGAUACAGAUCAAGGGAAGGUCAACCAGCACAUUCAGGCUAUUUUCGGCAUUGACACGGGCUUUCAGGGGACUAUGAUUAGUCAAUUUGCCAAGCUGAAUCUGGAAUCUGUGACGGAAGAUGUGAAUGAUAAACACCUUCAGCCGUGGUCAGAGCUAUGCAAGGCUGCGGGUGUAACAAACACUCCGCUAACGCCAUACCUCGACAAGGAGCUACUGAAGGACAAUGCCUUGAGUGUGGAUGGGUCCAAGAUUGAGAAAGAACUCGGUUUCACUUACACAGUUCCCCAGUUGACAGAGCAGGAGCUGCGGAAGGUGGUGGAAGAGUUUGUUGCCAGCAACAUGUGGCCCAAAGGGACUACGAAAUGAGCAUGUGUAAUGAUGUGACGGCCUUUAGUAACGGACGGUGGAAUAGAAAAUAGAUCUUGUUGGCGAUGGACACCAGUUGCUGAGGAAAAACAAAGCGACAAGGGAUGUGGGGUGCGGGAUGUUAGGUAUACUAUGUGGACAGCCACGUCUUGAUGAUGUAUUUCUAGGGGAUGGUUUAAUAUUGUUUUGGUGGCAAUGUAUCUGGAGUAUUUGGCUCUUCUUGCACAUCUGGCUUAUAUGCACAUCUGGCUUGUAGUCCCCAUGGGAACUUUCGUCAAUGGUUAGCAAUUGCAUUGUUCCAGUC